UCUUCUUCAAGAGUUGAUACAAAUAAAAUAGAGGUUGAUCUUGUUAUUUUCAUUACAACAACAACAAAAAUCGACAAAUCUGUUCAAAAUACUUCAAUAUAUAUUUUUGAUAUUGAAUAAAAACAUAUGAAAUAUCAUUUUAUAUAAUACUGUCGUCGAAAGGAAUUAAAAUGAUCAUAUGAAGACGUCGAAAUAGACUAGGCACACGGGGAAUUUCCCCCAAAUUUAUUAUCAUCAGAAUGUGGUUAUUACGAGGAGGAACAUUAGUUUUAGCACACUCGAGAAGGGCAUCAUAUUCAGGAAGUUGUAUUCCUCGUGCGGUCUCUGGAGCCUUGAGAGAUUUACUAAAUCCGCUGCAAGAAAUAAAAAGCUUCAAGAUGGCUGCAGCAGGAGAACAAAGAUGGAACUCGGAUAGUGCAGCUCUUCGCGAAGAAAUCUCAAAGGCAAAACACAUCGUAUUUAUGACAGGUGCUGGAGCCAGUGCCGAGAGUGGAGUACCAACGUUCCGAGGAGCGGGAGGGUUCUGGCGGAAGUGGCAAGCGCAGCAACUUGCCACUCCAGAAGCAUUUCAGGAUAACCCUUCUCUGGUUUGGGAGUUCUACCAUUACAGACGGGAAGUGAUGAUUACCAAACAUCCAAACAAGGGCCACAUUGCUAUUGCAGAUUUUGAGAAACGGCUUAGUAAGCAGGGUCGUAGAGUAGUAGUCAUCACCCAAAAUAUAGAUGAACUUCAUCGACAAGCUGGUUCAACCAAUGUUAUAGAGAUGCAUGGAUCUCUCUUUAAAACUCGCUGUUUGAAAUGUCAGCAUGUUGAAGAGAAUAGGAAAAGUCCUAUUGUCCCUGCCUUGGCUAAUAGAGGUGAGCCUGAUGUUGAUGCAGAUUCAUCUCGCAUUCCCGAGGAUCAGUUACCAAGAUGCUCUCAGCCGGGCUGUGAUUCUAUGGUGCGCCCUCAUGUGGUGUGGUUUGGUGAAUCAUUAGAUAUGGAUAAUUUGUCGGCAAUUGAAAAGGAACUGAAAACCUGUGACCUAUUCAUGGUGGUUGGCACAUCAUCGGUGGUAUACCCAGCUGCGAUGUAUGCCCCAAUGAUGGCUCAGAAAAACGUUACUGUGGCUGAAUUUAAUCUGGAAGAGACCCCUUCUACAUGCAUCUCCAAGUACCAUUUCCACGGGCCGUCUGGAAGCUUCCUCCCAGAGAUCCUUGCCAGACAUCCCAGUGAACCAGCGGAAUGAAAGAUAGCGGUUUGAGAGACUGAAUACUGACCUGGGGCCCGCUUCAUAAAGGACUUGCAACUGUUAUAACUUUGCCAUAAUGGCAACUACCAUGGCAACAGGGCUCAGCAGCCAAUCAAAAUCAAGGUUUCCAUGGUAGUUGCCAUAAUGGCAAAGUUACAACAGUUGCAAGUCCUUUAUGAAAUGGGCCUCUGUAGGUUAAGAUACUGAAGCUGUGUUUCUCUAAGUGCCAUAUUCUUUUGACUCUGCUGAUCAUACUAUUCGACAACCUUGACCUCCUAACCUUCUGUAUUCAGUAAUACUCCUCCCUCUCUCGUUUAUUUCUGCAGAUUACUGUAUCAAUCCAAAGUCUUUUUCUUGUUCCCCUGUUGCUCAUGAGGACCCUUUUAUAACAAGUUACAACUAUUGUAACUUUGUCGUAACUACCACAGUAACCUUGAUUGUGAUUGGCUGCUGAGCCCUGUUACCAUGGUAUGAAACAUUCUCCUGACCUUGAUCUUGUUCAGAAGUUGGUUUGAAUGAAAAGAGAAAAAUCAAACAAGCGUAACACUGAAAAUUUCAUUAACUAUUUUCCCGCUUUGUUUAACUAGAGUAACAUACAGGGGGCUGCCAACUUCGACAAAGGCAAAGAGUCGAUCAUCCCGUGCCAGUCUUCAGUUCUUAGUGGGGCGUGUUCAUCGAUAUCUUCGCAAUGGCAACUUUGACAUUUCAUUCACAAUACACAUAGGGUGCAUUAAAUCUAUUGUAAUACACUCACACACAAUAGUGAUGAGUACAUUGCAUUGUUCAGUGUACAGACAAAGCUUUUCUUUACUGUAUUAAACCAAUCAAAAGUUAUUGUGAGUUGAUUUGCAUAAUCUGUGUCAAACCGCUCCUUAGGUUACACCCUUAAAUUAAUGUAGCACAGGAGGGAUUAUGUCCAUGGCGGGCAAAGAGUUAAAAUCAGAUGGAAAAUAAGAAAGUUAUGACGUUUUAAAGAUUUUUAAAGAUCACGACAUCGUUAUAUUCACAUCUUGGUCGGUAUGCAAAUGAGGAAACUGACGACAUCAUCCACUCACUAUUUCUUUUGUAUUUCAUUACAUGGAAUAUAAAAUAUUCUAAUUUUUUUCUCAGAAUUGUCAUGUGAAACGUAGUUUGAAUCCUCCCUGAACAUAUGUAAUAUUGUUUUAACAUUUUGUGGUUCAAACAAGAGGGUCCUUAUUGUCAAAUCUGUAAAUAUUGAUAUAUUGUACAAUUCAAAAAUAUAAAAAACAAAGGAAGUAGUGAGUGAGGGACAUCAUCGACUCUCAUUUGCAUAUCACUGAGUUGUGCAUAUAAAUAAAAGCGAAUCUUUAAAAUGUCCUAACUUUCUUAUUUCAUACCGGAUUUUGAUGAAAAUUUCAGUGUUAUGUUUCUUCUCUUUUUUUUCAAAUAAACUUUUAUCUGGGGUGGACUUGACUCUUAGGAGUUUCUUCACCUGUAUGAUAAUGUUAACAAUAAUAUUCACUUUUGUGUAAGGCUCGUCACAUUGGAACAUUUCUGCAUCAUACGGUACAAGAUUCUCUCUCCCCCAUAUCUAUUUCCUACUGAAUUCAUAUUAGUUUCUUUUUAUGGAGGGCGCACUCCACACUGACACCGGUAGAUGGCCUGUUAAAUCUCACUAAAUUUCUUGAUUUUGUUGACCAUGACUUGUCAUCACUUCUACCUGCAUAAGUUAGUUUUGAUUUGUGCAUGUGUCACAAGUGACUGAUUUAGUUCCUGUUUUCGAAAGAAAAACUCCAGUUCACUUCAUCCAGUGGUUAUCAACUUGUAAAUGCUCUCUAAUCACAUUUGUCUUCUUACUUUGUCUAUAUCUUCCUAUACCUUUGGCUAUCAUUUUGUUUCUCUUUAUGUGGCUUCCCGCCAGGGGGGCCACGUACAUUGACGAGUGGAUACCAUACACGACCAAAAAACACCUAAAAAGGGUGUCUUUUUCAAGAUAGGGCACGUUACGUACGUAACGUGAUAAGGGUGACAAAAACACAAAAAUAAUGAAAAAAGUGUAUCUAUUUUGCUAGGAAAGCUACGUGUUUAGGGUCAAAUUUGCGGGGAUGAUAAACAAAUUAAAAUGUUUUAUAAAGGAUGUCUUUUUUCCCCAAACAUUACGUGUUUAGAGUCUGAUUUGCGCGAGGAGUGGGGCCGUACCAAACCAAAUGUGUAAAGGUAAAAACGACGACCGACUGACCCGAGACAUAACAAUAAAAUAUCGCUGUACUUGUUUAGGGGUUCAUUUCAGGGACUACUUGCCAAGAGUAUCGUUUUGUUUCCAAUACUUGUCAAGGGUAGGGUUUCACAUGCCAAUACUUGUUAAGGGGUGCAUUUUCCCCUUCUCUCUCCCAUCUUUUUUCUGGCUCUCUUUCUUUCCUUUGUUUACUUUUUUCUAUUUUUUCUUCUGUAAAUUGCAUCUUUCCUCAGUACUUUUUAUUUUUUAAGUAUAAUAAUAUGUAUUUUUAAUUUCUUGUAGACCAUCUAUUGUGUAAACAUUAUUGCAAUAAUUCAUAAUUUCUGCUUAAAAAGGUGUUGUAAUGACAUGAUGAAUUAUUUAAUCAUUUGAAUUUAUACUGUAAUAAGUGAAGAAUGUAAACAAUUUUGUAUUCAAUGUUUUUUAUGAUCAGUGAAAGUAGUAAUUUGCUUUAUAUGUAUAGAUUAUAAUUACAUUGGUUAUCAACUAGCGGUGUGGUUCUUCCCGUCUGUUAUAUUAUAUUGCCUUAUUCUAGAAAAUUAAGAAACAUUUAAACUAUUUAUAUGUAGACCAUAUCCACUCUGUUCCUCAUGUUUGCUUUAGUUAGAAUUGCUAAAAGUAAAUGCAAUUAGAUACACGACACCAUAUGUCAAAUGAAAUAAUAUAUGAGGAAAAGAGAGGCACAUGGUCAAUACUAUUUGUCUUUUGAAUUUGAGUAUUCAUUUAUCAGCUUAUACAUGUCUGUGUAUAAACCCAAUUUUCAUUUGGGGACCUUUUAAUAACUAAACUCUUGAGGGGACUCUCUCUAGGAUUUUGAAUAUAAAUGAUUUAAAUUCCAAGUCCAAGAGGAUGCCCCCUCCAAAUUACUGUAAGAGAAAUUUACUGUAUUAUCAGCAUGUGUUUUAUAUUAAAGAUUUUAUUGAUUUGUAA